CCACAGCAAAACAGUUUACCUAUUACAAAACUAGAUGACUCGAGCAAUAUUAAGUUUAUAUUGCCCAUCGUCGUAGGACCACCCCACACGCCAGAAUGCAUUACCAGUUUAUGCCGCUCUCUAUACCCGCGCGUAGUGCUCGUGGAUCUGUUCAUACCAUCUUGACUUUGCUACUAUAGGUAUGUGGCUUAGGCGGCUCAGUGGUUCAGCUCAACUCAACCCAAACAGUAAGUCGAGAUCAGUUCUCGUCCGGCGAUUCUUCAAUUAGCAUCCAAACGUUUUUUGUUGUUGCUGUGUGGUGAUCGAAGCUCUUGCGUGUGUUGUGAUUAUUGUCGGAACAACGGUUGAUUAAACGUCCGGUGUACCGGUCAAGAACUCGAUACCCGCACCGAGUUCUGGAAAUAUGUAUCCCGUAUUUCGACACGAGAGGAUCAAUUUACCUGCUUGAAAGUGAAGCUAUAUGCGUCGGAUUUCAUGUUCAAAUCGUGAGAACCACAAUUAAAAUACUGUAUAUAGAAGGGGUUGCAAUCUUGACCUGACCAUCAGUUUGUUCGCUAAUCUUGCACCCCGAAGGGGAUGACCAUGAAGGAUGUUGCUGUUGAUGUUAUUCUACUGGAAACGAUUUUGACAACGUGAUGGAUUUGCUGUACAAGAAGAUUCCUCUCCUCCUGCUAGCAUUGCUGCUGGCCGUUACCCCACCGUGCCACACCCGCGAGGAAGGCGAAUUCGAACCGGUCGAUGGUCUCUGCGAUCGAUGCGUCUGCAUCGUUCGUAACCAGAGUACCAUCCAACAGCACGACUACUCCCUGCUAGACUGUUCGACAAAAAACCUACAGCACAUGCUGGUCGCCUGGCCGGAUGUCUUCGAUGGUCAGUUAACGGCCAGUUCAGAAAUUGUCUUCUCACUGUCCGGGAACAACAUCAACGCACUGCAGCAACUACCGGCCACCGAUGCCGAUCUGGUGUUCAGCUGUCGGCACUGUAAUUUGAGUGAACUGUCCAGUGGGAUCUUUCUGGAUGCUCCUAAUGUGAUUCGGUUGGAUCUUAGUUGGAAUCGGCUCACCGGUGACGUUCUCCGACCGGAUGUGUUUCGCGGGCGGUACGCCGAGCAAGAGUACGAAUCGAUCGCACUGGAUGAGCUGGAUUUGAGCUACAAUGUGAUUGAGUAUCUGGAUGAAUCACUGUUUGAGCAUAUGGCUCAUUUGAGGAAACUAUCCCUGGCGCACAAUCCGAUUGAGGAGAUUUCCGAAGGUACGGCAAUUGCCAUCGGAUCGAUUACGCGGUUGGAAUAUUUGGAUCUGUCGUAUACCGAGCUGGAGGAUAUCCCCGGGAGAGUAUUCCAGAAGAUUGAUAAUUUGAGGGAACUGUUAAUUCAGGGUAAUCGAUUCACGGCGGUUCCCGGUUCGGUGGCACUUUUGAAACCUACGCUGAUUUCGCUGUAUAUCGGCGAGAAUCCGAUCCAAUUGUUGAAUGAUGAAAGUUUCUUCGACUUGGAGAAACUCACUCAUCUAAACAUCAGUGGGAUGCCCCGACUGGAAGAAAUUGACAUAGGAACGUUUAGCGGAUUGAAAUCGUUGGAAGUGCUGAUCUGUAACCAUAAUCCGGAGCUUAGCGCGUUCGACUUGAGUGAUCUGAAAGGAUUAGUACGAUUGCGAGAGCUGGACCUCUCGAACAACGCACUGCAGCACCUACACCUAGACGAACCGAUACCGAAGCACGACGACAGCUCGGACAUUGCCCACAUCGAAGUGUUCCCGAAACUACGCACGGUCCAACUGGACGACAAUCCGUGGCACUGCGACUGUGAACUGCACGAAAGCGUUCAAUCACUGCGAAACAUUCUGGACGAGGAAGAAGAUUUCGAAUCGGAAGCUCGCUGUGAAACUCCGAAUGAUUUGACGGCGCUCCCGCUGACGGAGUUGGAUGGAAAGUCACUCUGUUUGGCACCACCGAAGAAGGUUCCGAAAAUUCCGAUCUACGAGGCACCACCUUUCCUGCGACCCCGUUCGAUUGUGCUGUCCAUUCUGUCGGUGGGGGUUGUGCUGCUGAUUGGGUUUAUCAUCGGAUUGGUUAUUGUGUGCAUCAAGCGCCGGUUGAAGGAAAGUGAUUUAGGGUUCACUUCGCCGGUGAGGUACUCGACGGUGCGUAACAGUACGACGUCGAAUAUCUUGCAGCAGGCUUAGGAGGGGAAGGCAGGGAAGCGAAUUUUUGUACGUUCUAGUCUGAUUUUAUCGUGUAAGUUUAAAUUAAGUUUUAGAGAUAAAUAAACAUGAACAGUUAAGGAUUCUUCA